CGCCGCAGCGGAAAAGAAUUAUCACGGAAUGUGUUUCACGGUAUCGUUGAUCCUCGUCCUCGCGUAGAGGUGUGGUGAUAUUUCGAGUAAAAGGGAUCGUGGCUAUAAAAGUCAGUGAUCCUGUUAGCAAAGGAGCCAUGACUACGUGUAAAGAAUGGGCUCGAUCGCAUCGGUGUUGCAGUGGCAUUGCUCGGAGUGCGCUCUGAUAAAUCCAACGGAGAGCACGCGAUGCGCCAGGUGCGGCCUUACUCGGCUUAGGAGUGAUGAGAAAGCAAAUCUCAGGCUCGGCCUGAGCUUGGAUCGCAAAGUUCCCGAAGAAAAAGGGGAGGAGGAAAAGCAAAGAGACGACGAGGAAGGUGACUCUUCCUCGGUCUCUGUUCCGCCAACACCUCCGCCGAAACUUCGUUUGGAGAAGCCAGCAACGGGCGAUACGCGUCCGGCAACUUAUCAAUACGUCAAAACCGAUCUCAUACAUCGCUCAGAGGGGAAUUUAAUUCUACUCGAUAAUCAUAUAAAGAAAUCUCACCAUGAUUCGUGGAAUGGAAAGUCUUGUAAAAAAGAGCCAGUUAAAAGAUCUUCUUCUCUACCUUCCUUAAUAACACAAUGGACUUGCGUUCGUUGUUUGUUAGACAACAGCUGCAGUUCUGGUAUAAUUUGCGUAGCUUGUGAUGCAAAUUCUUCUAUAGUUGAAACUGACAAAAGGCAGAUUGGAGCACGUAAACGCAAAAAAUUAAAUUCACGUAAAACAAGUCGUCUCAAAGCUGCAUCCGAACUUCUGGCCAAUAUUUUAGAUGAUGUCAAUGCAACAAGUUCUUCUACAAGCGAUGCAAGAAUUAUCAAUAAGGCUUAUCUGUAUUCUAUAGAUAUGGCACAACUAACAAGUAUAAGUCGUAGUGAAAGGAGACAAGAUAGAGAAGACUGGACCUUGCCACCGAUAGAAACUAUGGAGUCCACUACACUUUCCUACACAAAUACCACUGAUACCUCUCAACGUUCACCAAAAAGACAUAGUCCUUCAAUUUAUGAACGAGUCAAAUCUAAAGUUAGUCGCUCUUUAUCUAAUGGAUCUGUUGUACAUAAAUUAUCUGAACACGCAAUUCAAAGACCAACAAGUUUAGUAGUCUCAGAAUCUCAACAGGAUGAUGCUCUCUGGAGUUGUGAUAAUUGUACUCUUGAUAAUGCUCCUGGCCUAGAACAAUGCGAGGCAUGUGAAGCCCCUAGAAGUCCUGCUCCUUGCAGUGGAGUAGUUAUCAGUGUACCUGCCUGGGAACCACGUGCUCUAUCUUCUGCAGGUCCAUUGUCUUAUAGACGAUCUUUUUCUGAUGUCGAAUCCGUUACAAAUGUAUCUCGAAAGAAAAAGAUCGUCAAUCGUAGAAGUCUCAAUGAGGAUGAACCACCUGCAGUACCACCACAUUCUGUUGGUUUUAGUACAAGACCAAAAUAUUCUUACAUUGGAAUUACCGACCCUGAUAUACCGCCGCCAUUGCCAAAAAAACAAAAUAAUAAAUUAGGUCUUGUACCCACAAAAGCACAUAGCGAAGCAACUAGUCCUGUCGGUGAUGUACCGAAUGUAAGCUCGUUAAAACGUAUGUGGACUUGUCGGAAAUGUUCUUACGCGUAUAAUCCUUUAUGGUCAACUGGUUGCGAUAUAUGUGGAUCUUCUCGAUCACCGCCUUCGUUAAUGCAACCUAGUCUAAUAACCGUCACAAAAGAUGAAACGAGUUGUUCGAUGCAUUCACAAUCCCCAAUUGUAGUAUCCAGAGAUAGUGUAAGAUACAUUCCACAGAAAACUGCUACAUUGGCUACAGCAGAAUCUGAUCUAGAUGAUCAAGUUGAUCCACCUUCCCCCGUGUGGACUUGUAAAAAAUGUACAUUAUUAAAUGCCGCUUCGAGAACAACGUGUGAAGCGUGCGGUGGUUCAAAGCUUAAAAGUAUCAUGCAUUUAGAAGACGCUACGUUACGAAAAGGAGAAAGCUGGGUGUGCCCAUCGUGUACAUUAAGGAAUCCGCUAUCAGCACAAACUUGUAAUGCUUGUAAGACUUUAGCAGAUUUUCUAGAUGUACCAAAGGAUAGCAGAUUUUUUGGAUCAAGAAGUCCGAGUCCAAGACUUUGUUCAACCCCUAUAAAUUCAAAAGUUGUUACUCCAAGACAUAGAAAUUCUGUAAGAAGGAAUGGUUCUUCAAUUGGAGAUAAAAGACAUUCAAGAAUUAGAGAUUCCACUCAUGGUCAAUGGCAGUGUAAACUGUGCACAUAUGAAAAUAAGAGUACAAACGGAAUUUGUGAAAUGUGCCAAAUCUCAAAAAAUUUAUCUCAACUACCAGGUGAAAGGCCUAGAAUUAUUGAAUCUGGCAUAAGUACACUUACAAUGCAACGGCAAGAAAGCGUGGUUAUGGAGAAUUUAAGACAAAUUGAGGAAAGAGAAGCAUUGGAGAAAUGGGAGCGAAUAGUUCGCUAUUGCAAAGAGACAAAUGAACCUUUUGUCGAUGACUCAUUCCCACCAGCUCCAAAAUCUCUAUAUUACAAUCCAGCUGAAACAAAAGAUAAUCAUGUUGUUCAAUGGAGAAGGCCUCAUCAAAUUAAUGUUGAUUCUACAGUUGAUUCCAAACUGCCUUGGGCUGUUUUUAGGAAACCCUUACCUUCUGAUAUCUCACAAGGUGUAUUAGGAAACUGUUGGUUACUUUCAGCUUUAGCUGUUUUAGCUGAAAGUGAUGAGCUUGUAAAGAGAGUCUUAGUAAUGAGGGAAACCUGCCCAGAAGGAGCUUAUCAAGUAAGAUUAUGUAAAGAUGGAAAAUGGACCACAGUACUUGUUGAUGACUUGCUACCCUGUGAUAAAAGAGGCCAUCUUGUAUAUUCUCAGGCAAAAAGAAAACAACUUUGGGUGCCAUUAAUUGAAAAAGCAGUGGCUAAAAUUCAUGGUUGCUAUGAAGCUUUAGUAUCUGGACGUGCAAUAGAAGGUCUAGCAACACUUACAGGUGCCCCUUGUGAGAGUGUGCCUUUACAACCAUCUGCUUUGCCAAGUGAAGAUGAACUUGAUAAGGAUUUAAUAUGGGCACAACUUUUAUCUUCAAGGCAAGCUAUGUUUUUAAUGGGUGCUAGUUGUGGAGGUGGUAAUAUGAAAGUUGAUGAGGAAGAAUAUCAACGUAAAGGUUUAAGGCCAAGGCACGCUUAUUCUGUUCUCGAUGUACGGGAUGUACAGGGAAUACGAUUAUUGAGAUUACGUAAUCCAUGGGGUCACUAUAGUUGGAAGGGUGAUUGGUCUGAUGAUAGUCCUAUUUGGACACCACAAUUGCGGGAAAUGCUCAUGCCACAUGGUGCUUCUGACGGUGUUUUCUGGAUUUCUUUUGACGACGUAUUGAAAUAUUUUGAUUGUAUUGAUAUUUGUAAAACUAGAGUUGGGUGGAGUGAAGUUAGAUUACGUGGGACACUUCCACCUUUAUCAUCUCUCAGACAUUUAUCAUGUGUACUUUUAACGGUACUAGAACCUACUGAAACAGAAUUUACUUUAUUUCAAGAAGGGCAAAGGAAUUCCGAAAAAUCACAACGUUCUCAGUUGGACUUGUGCGUAGUUGUUUUUCGUACACGUUCACCAGCAGCACCAGAAGUGGGGAGAUUAGUAGAACAUAGUAAGCGACAAGUACGUGGAUUCGUUGGAUGUCACAAAAUGUUAGAGAGGGAUUUGUAUAUUGUUGUAUGUUUGGCCUUUAAUCAUUGGCACACAGGAAUGGAAGAUACUUCCAGUUACCCUGAGUACGUUCUUGCCAUUCAUAGUUCAAAGAGAUUAUUAGUUGAGCAAAUUUCCCCACCAGCAUUUGUCUUAGCUGAUGCUAUAAUAAGUUUAACUCUAGCAAAAGGACAAAGACACGAAGGAAGAGAGGGAAUGACUGCUUAUUACUUAACUAAAGGUUGGGCUGGACUUGUAGUAAUGGUAGAAAAUCGUCAUGUAAAUAAAUGGAUUCAUGUAAAAUGUGACUGCCAUGAAAGCUAUAACGUUGUGUCCACAAGAGGACAACUCAGAACUGCCGAUAGUGUUCCCCCGCUACACAGACAAGUCAUCAUAGUUUUAACACAAUUGGAAGGUAGUGGAGGUUUUUCGAUAGCACAUCGACUUACGCACAGACUAGCUAACAGUGGAAACUUGCAUGACUGGGGUCCGCCAGAUACUCAACAUUGUCCUCAAAUUGAUACUCAAGUCGAAGGUUUACAUAGUCCUCGUUUAAUCACGUGAACAAAUGAGUGAUUAAUAACAAAUAGGACAAUGUUUAAAUGUAUCUCGUUUGUCGAGUAAGAGAUUUAUUAUGUACUCGUGAUAUCCAGAAAUUUACCAAAGCAAGCUAGAAAGAUUUUGGUACAGAAGAAAUAGUACUGAAACUAUAAUACAUUCUGUGCUUUCUAGCUAUUCAUGUUGUAUGAAAAUUUUUAGCAUUACGACAAGCUCACUAUUGGAUAUACUACAAUAAUUAACAAUUAAUAUACAAUGAUUCUCUCUCUCUCUGAGAUCAGUGGUUAGAAAUAUUUUUUUUUAAUUAGGUAGAAAUCAUUCGUUGUAUCAAUGAAAAUGAAUAUACUUUAAAACUUGCGUGCAAAUUAAGCAUUUCUACGGGAACCAUUGAUCCAUAAAGAAGACUUAAGGGAAAUUAAAUAUUUAUGGAAGAACAAAUUAAACACAUUGCUUGUUAUAUAAAAAAAAAAUUAUUUUCUCAACGUAACAUAUAAGCACCAUAAAAAGUAACAAAGCGUAAAAGUUAUACAAUAAUAAUAUAUGAAGUGAAAUAAAUAACAGCCAUUGAUAAUGAAAAACAUAUACACUCUUUUUGGAAUUGCUUAGAGUAUGGUAUAACUAUGGGUCGAAAUUUUUUCAAUUUUUGCAUCUCACAAGUCGAUCCUAUUUUCGGAUACACAAGCCGUAUUCAGAACUCACAUUUAAAAGUACAUAUAUUGUAUAUUGUGUAUGACAGCUGAUGUUACUGGCCGUUUAAGUGAGGGUUUUCGAAUAUUGGUCACAUCGUAAAACUUUUAUCUCAUCUGAACUUUUGUUGUUUCCAUCUUGUAACUGGAUGGAGUGCUUGUGCUAAAAAUGGACGUAGCGCAUAGCUACAGAACCAAAAAUCUCUCUGAAAGUUUUACAGUAUAGUGACGCGUUCACUGCCAUUUUGUGCAAUGUACGUUUAACUUUAUUGUUGUUAAAAAUUUUUGUAGUGAAUUAUUAACAAAAUUAUUAUCACUGAUUGUUGUAUGUAUAUUUUAUGUUCAUUUAACUUAUAAUACAUAUCUUGAACUUUAUACAUACACAAGCGUGGCAGUUAACGAGUUAGUCAAUUUUAUAAGUCUUGUACAUUUUGUAAUCAUGACAUCAGAAUAGCCGUCUACGAGGCGCAAUCAUUUAUAAAUUUUUUUUACAUAAAUAGAUUUGUGUUUUAUUUUUAUACAUAUACAUAUAUGUUUUAUCUAUAAACGAAACAAAUAUGUAUUGGACAAUGAAAUAUAUGAAUCAUUUUUUUCCAAUUUGCAAAAACGUAUUUAGCAAAUUAUAAUCUCACGUAAAAAGGAAGUUACAAUUUAAUAAAACAUUCCCUUUUUUUUAAAGAGAAAGAUUGCUAAAUUGAAAAGUAUAUGUAUGUUACAAGUAUAUCUCCUUUCGAAUAGCAUGAAAUAAUUCAAAAAAUUGUUAUUGAAAUUAUUGCAUUAACAUAUAAUUAAUUUAAGGUUAAAACUGUAUACAAAAGAGUGAAACUAUAAGUUUUGAUUCUUAUUAAUGUUGUACCAACCAAUAAUUUUAAAUAUGUCCAUUAUAUGUAUUAAAUGCGAUGUAUGUUGGCACACUUUUUAAUUCUUUCUUAUGCAUAUUAUGCAGGACGUUAAUAAAAAUCGAGAACAUUUUUUUUUCAAAUAUUAAUUAUAUGCGUGUAAACCAUGAAAAAGUUUGUAUAAUCUUGUAUCUAAAGCUGUUGAGUACCCGAAAUAUUCGAAUAUUCGAAAUCUAAAUUGAAUUAAUUGAUUCGAAUAUUCGAUUAGUUGAGUACUUCGAAUAGUUCGACAAAAUUCACGUUCAUUGUUUCAAUUGAGAUCUUUUAAAUAUUGUAAUUGUUUAAAUCUAUUUUAACGAAUUUAAUUUGUACACUAUUUAAAUCUAUUAAAGAAUACCGAAUUUUCUUGAACUACUCGAAUAAGCAAAUUGAUUUCGAUAUGUAUUUUUUAAGUAUUAGAACAGCUGUAUUUGUAUUUAUGAGUUGAAAACUCGCGAACUCUUUAUGCGAUGUGUUCUAAGGAAACAAAUUUUUUCUUCAUGUAUGCGUAAAUGGCAUUCAUAUUUAAAGGACAUCUAAUUAAAGAUAGCUGUGAA